AUGUCAUGUAAUAUACUCAUCGCCGUUGUCGCUGUCGUCGCCGGCGUCGUCGUCAUCAUCAUCGUCGUCUUCAUCAACGUCAUCAUCGUCAUCGUCCCCAACAUGCAUGCACGCCUCACCUCACUCACUUUAUCUUCACCCUCUGCUUCGCAGGUAUGGCAUGUGGAUCACUUUGUGUGCACACACUGCAAGGAACCGUUUCCGAACCACAAGUUUGUGGCCCAUGGAGGCAUGCCGUACUGCACGCCGCACUACCUCGAGCUGUUUGGAGAAAAGUGCGCCGGAUGUGGCCAGUAUAUCACCGGCGAAAUGCUCAAAUCGGGCGACGGCACUUCGUACCAUCCACAGUGUAUGGUGUGUGUCCGGUGCGAGUGCGUGCUCACCAACACGCAGUUCUACCUCAUCGAGAGCAAGCUCUUCUGUGAGCCUUGCUCUAUUAGCCAGCUACAGGACAACGGGACGAUCGGUGACGGCUCGGCCGCGCCCGACGGCGACGGCCUCUCGGCCCGGGUCGACCUCCUUCCGUGCACCAAAUGCGGCGAACUUAUCACAGACAUGAUGGUCACCGCGCUCGACGCCAGCUAUCACCAGUCGUGCUUUACCUGCGCCAACUGCUCGACCCUCCUCUCGGGCCCGUUUGCGAGCUCGCGGACCGGCCAGCCGCUGUGCGUCACGUGUGGCCAGCUGCUCGGCCAGCGUGCGCGGUUGGCUCCCAAGCGCUCGCUUUCGACAGGGGGCGACGAAGAGUCCGGAGUCCCGGCGUCGGCGCGCGCGGCUGCAGCCGCAGCCGUUGUCGCGCCGCCCGAGCCGGCCGCGUCGGCGUCGCAACCACCGACCCGUCCGGCGCGCUCGAGCUCGACCGCCGACCCAACGUCCCCGCUGCACCCGCUCAACGUACUCGACCAUGACCUUGGCAUCCUCACCGGCGCGCUGCAAGAGUACUGCGAGCGCGAGUCGGAUGAUGUUGUGUUUCUCAAGGGCGCGCUGACCAAGCUGCUACACUCGGUCAAGACACUAGUCGCUCUCGGCAAGGCUGCCAAUCUCGACACCGGCCCAGUGUUUUCCGGAGCUGCGGCCGCCAUCUCUACCGCCAAGAACAUUGUUGUCAAGCCCGAAGAAAAGGCGGUGCACCUUGUCCCGUUUGACACCCAGCUCGGCAGCCUUGUGGCCGCCAUCACGGCGCUCAUCGCCGAGCUCCGCCGCAUCACCGGCGUUGUCCGCCCGGUCGGAUGGGAGGCUGCUGCGCCGGUCUUUGCCAACACCCCGCCAGGCUCCCGCCAGUCCAUGCCGCCGCUGAAGGCGUCGGCGGCAGCCGGAACCGGUAGCAGCACUGACACACCGGCUGCGCCGCAGCGUGUUCCGCGUGCUCGUGGCAUGUCCGAGACCGCACUGGCGUCCCAGCAGACCGCUGCCGCUGCUGCUGCUGCUGCUGCUCUUGCCGCUGUUCCUCCACAGCUUGAUGCUGCAGGCAGCUCCGCUGAGCCUCCUCCUACCACCCGGACUGAGCAAGCCGAGUCACGAGCAGCAACGAUCCACACAUCGACGCCAGGAGACGAAGCCGUGGUGGCGCCCGCAGCCAAGUCGACGACAACGUCCAAGAGCGGUAUGACCAAGACGCGAAUGCAGAUUGGCAAUCGGCAGUUUGUGCACAUGCGCGAUGCCAAGCGGGCCAAGGCGUACACCUCGGUCUCAAUGAUGGGCUGGAUGCGGAAGCGCGGCGGGCGGAUGAAGACGUGGAAGGACCGCUGGUUUGUGCUACGCAACUGCGUGCUCUACUACUACAAGUCGCAGGUCGAUACCACCCUCCUGAUGGGCCACAUCAUCCUGCCCGAGUACUCGGUCAAGGCCGAUGCAACGAGUGACACCGACCGCGAGCACUCUUUUGCGUUGGUCAAGGAGGGCGCGCGGACGUAUGUCUUCUCGUGCUCAGACGCCAAGUCACGGCUCAAGUGGCUGAAGGUGCUCGGCGAGGCGACAGCCAAGGACCGGGCCGAAGUCGACGAUGCGCAUGUCGAGGCCAUGGUCGCGUGCAUGCUCGCUGGCCAGCCGCUUCCGCUCCGCGAGAGCUUUGCCGACAACCCGGACAAGGUGGUUAUUGCCGAAGAGGUGGUAGUCGACGAUGGCGUGGAGGAGCGCAACAUCCUGGUGCUGGAGAACCAGCUGGUUGUGGCCGGCACAGUCCAGACCCUAGUCGAGCUGCUCUUCUUCCGGCACGGUGCUGAUCCGCAGUACGUUGCCACGUUUUUCCUCUGCUACCGGCACGUCAUGACGGCUGACGAUCUCAUGACCCGCAUCCAGGUGUGCUUUGAGAGCCCGCCGGUGGAUCCGCGCGACCGACUCGACGGUGGGACCGGGAGCGAGGAGGCUGUGUCGGAGAUCCGGUUCCGGAUCAUGCAGGCGCUACAGAUGUGGGUCGAGGGCCACUGGUAUGACUUUCACGACGCGCCACACCUGGUCGACGCGCUGGAAGAGCUCAUGGGCAAGGCGCAGAACCUUCAGGGCCACGAACAGGUCAUGCGCGAGAUGGCCAAGGAGCUGAAGGCGACGAUCAAGCUGUCGCGGUCGGCGGCCAAGGCGGCAGUCAAAGCCGCCCGUAAGCGGGCCAACGACAAGGCGUCGGUCGCGGCGGCGGCCAAGAAAGCCAAGAAGCGGUCGAUCAUCAACUUUACCACCCAGGUUGAGUCGCCGAUCGAGUUUGCCGACGAGAUCACCCGGAUCGACCAGGAGCUGCUUGAGGGCAUCCGGCCCGAGGCGUUUACGCUCCAGCUCUGGGGCACCUACGCCGGCAACGAGUAUGUGGAGGCGCUCAAGGACAAGCUCGACGAGCUUGUGGAGCGGUUCAACUUUGUCUCGGCGUGGGCCGGCUCGGAGACGGUGCUCAAGCCGGACCUCGAGUCGCGGGUGGCGACGCUCCGCGCGCUGAUCGACAUUGGCGACCGGUUGCUCGAGCUGCAGAACUACAACGCGCUCAUGGCGCUGGUCUCGGGCCUCAAUUCGGCGGCGAUGCAGCGGCUCAAGAAGACGUGGGACGCGCUGCCGUCAAGCAAGCGUUCAGCGAUGUCCAAGCUCGAGACGGUCAUGGACCCGCAGAACAACUACGGGGCGUACCGUAACCGGAACAAGCCACUGACGGCCAUUCCCUUUGUCGGCCUCUACCUCAAGGAUCUCACGUUCCAGAACGACGGCAACCCCAAGCGAGUCGACGGCGGGCUCAUCAACUUUGACAAGUGGCGCCACAUCAACAACUCGGUCCGCUCCGUCCUCUCCUACGCCCCGCACUCGCUCAACAUCCCGCGCCAAAAGGCCGCCGAGAAAUAUCUGGCCAUCGCCCAGAUCCUCGACGAGGACACGGCGUACAAGUACUCGCUCCUCGCCGAGCCACGCGCCAAAAAGGCCGCCGCCGCCGCCGCCUCAUCGAGCGACGGCCAGAGUGUCCGGCUCAUCGAAAAGUGGAUGACCGAGUAAACGCACCAAGCUACGA